AGUAAUUAGUUGUUGUUAGUAUCAUAAGGAAACUGAAAGUGGAAUUCUCAGCUUCCAUAUAAAGCCUGUCCCACCAGCAGCACCCACCACACAGCUCCAUGGACUCCCAGGUCAGCAGCGUAUGCAAUCCAGGAGACCUGAUUGAGAUUUCCCGUCCUAUCUACCAGCACUGGGCAAUCUACAUGGGAGAUGGCUACGUGGUCCAUCUGACUUCUACAAGUGAUUAUCCAGGAGCGGGCUCCUCCAGCAUCGGCUCCAGCGUCGGCUCCAGCGUCGGCUCCAGCAUCGGCUCCAGCGUUGGCUCCAGCGUCGGCUCCAGCAUCGGCUCUAUCCUCGGCUCCAGCGUCGGCUCCAGCAUCGGCUCCAGCAUCGGCUCUAUCCUCGGCUCCAGCGUCGGCUCUCUUCUGUGCGAGAAGGGUGUGGUGAAAAUGGAGCGGCUGACUCAUGUGGCGGGGGACUGCAUGUAUCGGGUUAACAACCAGUUGGACAAGGAGCUAAAACCACUGCCUGUGGAGCAGAUUCUCAGUUCUGCCAAGAGGAUGGUUGGCAAGACGUUGCCGUAUGAUAUUAUCAAAAGUAAUUGUGAGCACUUUGUCACCAAACUGAGAUAUGGUGAGCCCAGAUCCCUGCAGGUUGAAAACGCUGUGAUUGCAGGAGCGCAGGCUGGAGCCUUAGGUGUAUUUGCUCUCGCAGCAGACAACCUUGCUCAAUUUGUAAUGAGGAACUGGUCCCACCCCAGUGACAGCCUGAAGAAGCCACAGGAUCCUGCCCUCGAAGCCGCUGAGCAGCGGACCGCCCCCACCUCCCCUGUCUCGCUGACCCCAGCUCUCGGGCAGCCCGCAGUUCGGUCCCUCGCUCUCCUUCUCUCUGACCGAAGGAUGGAAAAAUUGUACCAAGACCUACAAUGAAUAAAUGUAUCUGCCUUUCCCUUCA